UGCCAGAUGCACCUGUUCGUUUUGAUUGUGAUAAUUAUGCAUAUCAAUGAAGCAGUCACAAGGAGAACUGAGAAAUAAUGCAAUCAUAUAAUCGAACAUUUCUGCAGUGCUGCAGUCUGUUUUCAGUGAUUUGAAUUAUUGUCUGGGUUUAACCACACAUUCUUCUAUCUACCUUGCUAGUUGUACGUGCUUCUAAUUAAAAUAAGUCUUCACCAUACGGUACGAUGGAAGAUGCCAACGAGGUGCUAGUUUGUGCUGCAGAAUUUAUAACAGAUAAAUUAUAUUUUGUGACGUUGCGCACUACUGUUAAGCCCAGAUGUACACCGAACACUCAUUACUUUAGCAUUGAUGAUGAGCUUGUAUAUGGAAACUUUUAUGCUGACUUUGGUCCACUCAAUUUGGCUAUGCUCUAUCGUUAUUGUCAAAAAAUUAAUAAAAAACUGAUGUCUGAAGCGCUCGGCAAAAAAAAGAUUGUGCAUUACACAACUAUGGAUCCACAAAAAAGGGCAAAUGCUGCAUUUCUUAUAGCAAGUUAUGCGAUUUUAUACUGUAAGUACAGUGCAGAAGAAGCCUAUGAAAUUUUAACUAAUAGCCCAAACAGUCCACCAUUUGCCAUGUUUCGAGAUGCAUCAUUGCGCACACCAUGCUAUCAGAUAUCAUUAAGCGAAUGUCUAAGCGCGGUGCAGAAGUGCUACCAACUGGGUUUUUUUAACUUUCGUGAUUUUAAUCUUCAAGAAUAUGAGCACUUUGAAAAAGUUGAAAAUGGUGACUUAAAUUGGAUUUUACCUGGAAAAUUCAUAGCAUUUUGUGGCCCUCACGCAGAAACUAAGGUUGAAAACGGUUAUCCUCUACAUGCUCCAGAAUCCUACUUUGCGUACUUCCGUCAAAAUAACGUGUCAACUAUAGUAAGGUUAAAUAAACAGAUCUAUGACGCCUCUAGAUUUAUGGAAGCUGGAUUCGAACAUAAAGAAUUAUUUUUUGUGGACGGGUCCGUACCGCCUGGUUUUAUCGAACGACAGUUCUUAAAGAUCGCGGAAAAUGCAAGCGGUGCUGUAGCAGUUCACUGUAAAGCAGGUCUUGGGAGAACAGGAACAUUAAUUGGUUGCUACAUAAUGAAACACUAUCAUUUGACCGCACAUGAAACUAUCGCCUGGAUCCGAAUCUGUAGACCAGGGUCUGUGAUUGGGCAUCAACAACAAUGGCUAGAAGACAAAGAAUCGUAUCUUCACACGCUACUAAAAGAACCACUAAAACCGGAAAAUGGUAAUCCGGUUCACGAGUAUGGGAUUUAUUCGAUUGCUAACAAACCAGCUAGUGUCGGCGCUUCUGUGGCAGGAUCAAGGGACACCAUGUGGGUGCAAGACAACGUAUCAAGAAUUAUGCACCGAGUGGAUGGCAUUAGAUUGGAUGAUACUACUCCAUCUGCUACUACGGGAGCAGUUUGUCUAUCCAAAUUCAACAUUUUAACUCAAGGAGACAAGCUGAAUCAGAUCAAAGCGAAAAGAUGUCUUCCGUCUAAUCCCGCGUCCAUUAAUGGAUCAGCGGUACCAUCAGCUGUGCAUCCAUACUUGGGACCUUUACUACAAUCUAGAUGUCAGAAAGGCGGCAUUACCGCCCUGGUUGGGACAAAAGAGAAAGACACAACAAAGCGAUUAUUGGCUCGUUCAACCACGACUACGAUCAUCAAAAGAAACAAUCGUUUGGCAAAUAGCAGCUGCGAGACGCCGUGUCGCCGUGUUAAUUCUAAACAAGUGGGCCAGAUCUACAACAAUACCAAUAAUAAUCAGCACAGCAGUGACAACAACAAUUGCAGAAGUGGUGGUAGCAGCAAGAGUACCGUUAUACCUACUUCCGCUUCAAAACCAGUCACUAGGUCGAGUGUACGAGCCAGUUGUGUGCCCGAGACGCGGGUCAACGUUUCUACUGCAACUCAUACAAUCCAGUCUUCUCAACCAGGAAUGAGUAUGAUUCUCAGGUCUGCAGAUCGUGUUACUCGCUACCACUCCCUCCGACAUGACAAAGGUCGAGAGUAAGGAAGCAUGUGUUCUGCUCACGCACAACAAAAACCUACAAAACGGCAUUUAUUAGAUGACUAACCGAUAUCCACAGUAAAGUUGGGGAGGAAGAAUCAAUUAUAAAAACGUCUCGUCAGCACCGAAGAUCACGCCGAUUGAAUCCUAUCGUUUAGCGAAACACGGAAUAACAGAAUAGCGUUUUUCGGCUCUUCUUUAUAUUCUCCUGUUAAACCAUCACAACAUACUCAAGGAAUCCGAGGCUUGACGAAAGUUUAUCAAGAUGACGAAUAUUGUAGAUUCGUUUUGUAACAUUAAUCACUGAAUAAUGUAUAACAGAUUUUCAUUCCUGGUCUGAUCACCGGGCCUUCAAAGUGCACGAAACUAAAUGCAAUUAGACCAGUAUUCUGAGUUAAAUUUAAACAAAUUAAUAUUCACAAAAUAGCUGCUCAUGAAAGAAAAUAUUUUAUUUUCAUGGUUUAGAGAUCAAUAACCCUAAAUACUUACAAUGGUUUUUCUCAUUUUAAUUUGAAACGUUUUAUAUGAAAUGUUUAUAUUCUUUUCCAUAUACUGGGCGAAAUGCUAAUCGAAAUGAAAAUGUUUCGUAACGACUUUUCAAUUUAUGUUGCUAAAUGCAAAAUAUAAGUUUCUGUUUCAUUAGGAAUACAUUAAAGGAACCGUCUAUCCGAAAUAUUGUAGUUAAAUUAUCUAUUCAACGUAAUUAUUUCAGAAAUGAUGUUCUCAAAUAUCCUUUUGAAACCCCUUCAGUUAUGAACACCGCUAAGAAAUACUAAUUGCUUAAAACAUUCUUAUAGAGGCAUUUCAAAACAUUUCAAAAAUAAGUAAUAUAAUUUGUUAUUUAUGUAUUUUUUAUGUGAAAUGCUUUGAAUAUUAUUUCAAAUAAUGCUCAAGCACUAAUAUUUAACAAUUAUGAGUAUUAAAGAUGAUUAAUAACUUAUUGCCGUUGUACUAUUUUGUUCAUAAACAUCAAUGAGCACGACUCAAACAGCACGAGCAUUAUGAAUGUUGGUAAUGUCUUUUUCAGUCUAUUUCAUUUUAUUGUGUAAAUGCAAAAGUAGCCCCCAUACUACAUACAUUCAGAACAAUCGAGUUAUUUACGUUCAUUUAGAAUUACAUUUCGUGACGCAAAUACAUUAUUCAGUCGGGGAAUGUAAAGUAACAGAUAGAUGGCGCGGAACCUACUUAGAAUCCACGAGAAAGUGUCUAGAGAUUUAGACUUUUAUUUUUCACUCUAAGGAAUGUAGAAAUUGUGAAACUAGUAAAAGUUAAGAGAAUCUCUGGACGAAUUAUGUCGAUUAAGCAUAUACAAUGAUUAGCUAUCAAUGGCCCAGUUGUGAUUAUAAUUAGACUAUAUCAAUUAUAUAUUAUGAUUAUAUAGAAGUUUCAGGAGCGGUUUAUCUCCGUCAAAAAAAGCGUCAUAUUUUCUCUCACCGAGACAAUACCUUGCGUACCUUCACUCUAUUGAUCCGUGUUUAAUAAUUUUUACCCAACCCCCUUCGAAAACGCGUUGACACUUGCUAAAUAAGCGUAAAGCAACCGUUUUUAACGGAGGUUGGAAAAAAUAUACUAGUUACCACUCAAAAACGACUAAACCGUUUUAUUGAAAUUAUAAAAAUAUGCUGGCAUACCCAGUAAAUAACAAAAGCAUAUAGAUUUUAUGUCAGCAUCAAUGCUUUUACAUCACUUCAAAGUUGUAGUUUUCAGUUGAGUGUGUGAUAUCUGACUUCAAAAUUCUGGUAAAUGGAAAAAAAGUAAACUAUCGAUUAGGUUUUUACACGGUAACUGAUGGUUCUGAUUUUUAACAUGGAAAAUGAUGAAAACCUAUCUCAUUUAUCGUUUACAUAAUUACUAAUUGUUAAAUAAAGCCAAUAUUUCUAAAAGUA